GUUUUUUCCACGCGAGGAAACGACCUAAAGAAGUCUCGUUAAUUGCCAGUAAUAAACAGCAAUCUAGAGCGGUGGUGUUUGUGUGCCAUAUCAAAAGCAACGCGUUUAUAUAUAGAACAUCCGGCACACUGUCUGCUAUUGGUGCCGUCGGAUGUUCCACCAUUUCUGUCUGUCCUUAGUACUGGUUCAGGUAAAAUGACGAGUAACAAUGACUACUAGAGUGCCACUAGUUGUUUGCAAGCUCCUAACAAGUAAUAAGAUGAUUACUCAUCAAGGUCGACUUUCGAAGGAUUGCCAGAGGCAAUACUUUCUUAUCACAGCAUAUUAGGCUGCAAGUGAAGGAAAUAUUACGAGAGCAAGAAAAAAAGACGCUAAAUUGAUAGAAAUCUCAUUUUUAUGUAGCACAAAUCCAUGAUAAGUUUGCGUGUCUAUUCCAUUUUUGUUAAGUUAAGAAUCAAGCCCAUAAUUAAUGGGCUAAUUAAUGGGAGCAUUGGCGCGCCUUAGCAAUAAUGCCAAACAAUAGAAAAUUAAACUUACAAUUAAUUUGUUCUACUUUGGCUCUAAAUGCUGCAUGUCAACAAUAAUAUUUAGGAGCAAAAUAUGUUAACGAAGCCCUUCCUAUUAUAACGGGCGAGUUCCGAUAAGACGAGAUUUUUUUAUUACAUUGUACGAACUGCGUCCUAAACGUGUUCCAGAUCUCUACCCAAGUAAAAAAACACCGCCAAAAAUACGAUAUUGAUAUCACUUUCUCAUAAAUAAAAGCCGAUAUUACAAAUUUAGCAAAACCAUACGUCUAGCGUCGCCGCUAGACACGUCAUCAUACCCCUGUCGCUUGGUUUGGUUUUAGGCCACAACGUGUCCCCACUAUAAGCAGGCAAAUAAGUUAUGCACAAAGCUAUCACGGUGGCCGUAAUGAGUUGUCCACAUCUAAGCUAACGUAUAAUAUUAUCAAAAAUUUAGGUUAAACAUUGUGAAAAGAGUUGUUCUAAACUGGCUAAAAAUACCAAUGCGGAUAAAAAAAAUAUAGGGAAAACUUCCGCUUUUAGUGGGCACAAAAAAUUGUAAGUUAGCCUAGCUUUCCGCUGCAGACAGGUGCAUUCAAAAAUUCGAUAGAUCUGUACAUUAAACGGACCACACUAUAUGGCUAUAUUCCGUGGGUUGUCUCAUACCGGUAGGCUACUUGCGAUUCUUCCUUUGCAUAAUACCAAAUUGCGAUACAAUAUUUUAAAUUUGAGAAGAAUACUUAAGACCGUCUCGAGGAUACCUCCGACGUUCCUUCGUCUGAUGAAAUCGUCCGAUCAUUCCCGAAUCGAUCAUCGGCCGAAUGAUACGGAGCGCCUUUUCCCUAGUAUCCAGCUUCGACCAUUUUGUUUUGUACAUGUUUGUCGAAAUGGCAAAUAAACAGCCACGAGAGUGUUCUCUAUAUACGUUCCACGGGCAACCCGCCUGCGGAAAAAAUAUCGCUGUCACGUACGACUUAUUCUUGUAUAUAUGUGUUUAUACGCUUUAUAUUAUCUUUGAUUUCUCACAUGGAACAGAGUGUACGUAGGCAACAUACUGUUAGCGUAUAGAGAAAUCAAAGCAGAAGAAGGUUUGAUAGCCAAUGAGAUCAACGAACAAACAAUGUCGCCCGCUUUCAAUUAAAGUCUACUAGUCGCAACGCAACCGUCGCACUAGACACUACUUUAUCUGUUUAGAAAUAACGUAUAACGAUAACAACCGUGUAUCCAUACUGGCUAGCACAUUUUACAGAAUGACUUCAACAGGCUUGAAGUGGAAUGUGAGUACGAAAAAGGAGGAGGGACUCCAGUCAUAAGAAGGGUAGGCGAUACAAUCGCCUUACUGGUCGGGUCUCAACCGUCGUCUUGGAGACCGAACUCAAGCGGAGGGCUCUUCUCGAAGGUGCUUGUGGUUGCACACUGCUCAGCUGUAUCGGCCUGACCAGCUAAGGCGUAUUCAGUGACGCGUUUUGCGCAUCGUUAUCGGAUCUUCCUACCUAGGACAGCGACAGUUUAAUGUGAGCGCGGGGGAGGUCCUGGUGGAAAACGGAUUCGUGUGUAACUUUUGACAGAGACAGCAGACUAAUGAAGGACAAGUCGUUAAGGUUUUUUCAUCGUGCCGAAUUGCUGGAACAAAACGACCUCCGCUCACUUUGUAUACGCCGCCUCGCGACGAUACUUGUCCAAAAGGGAUUCACACAUAUCGGCCAGGAUCGGCGAAGAGGUGUACGUGUGCCAUCUCUUCAGAGGGAAUUCUACAAGAUCACGGCAUCCACAUUCAACUGUAUCAAGCCACCUCAAUCAGAAGAGGUCGGAUUAAAAAAUGACCAACGAGCUGUGCUGACCUUGUCAUGUCUACCAUCAGUUCUAGCGGAGGAUCUCCUCGAGGCAUGUGUGGCUUUAGUUGCCCCAAAGGGAAUCCUUCGCUAUGGACAUAUAGCAGAUGUGCUCGCCAGCGGGCGUCUUGUACGGUUGUCCUUGUGGGAUGUAGAAACUAGCGCCAAAGACUUGUCUGCGAUAGCUCGAAAGACCUGUGGAAACCUUCAGGAACUUGAAGUGGACGGGGUAGCGGUCCGAGGCCGACGACCUGAAAGCGUUUUGCGAGCGUUUCAUUCAUUUGAGCGGCUCAUUGAGGCAAAUGUGCGAACGCUUAAAUGCGUGAAUAUCGGUCUUGCUCUAAAUGAUUUACUCAUGUUAUCUGGACUACGCCGUCUUGAGAACCUAACUCUCAAUUUCGACUGUGCAUAUCAUCUGAAUCAACUUAUAAUUAGGAACAAAAAUAGGGAAUACAUUUGGCCACGACUUCGAAGUUUUCGUUAUGGAGAUUUUUUCUCAGCGCCAACCAAACGAUUUGUCUGUCAUCUUCUGCAAAAAUGCCCUUUGUUAUCACAUGUUGAUACAAAUAUCGCCGACUCACUGCAGCAUCUUCAUGCCAAUGAAUUUCUUGCCGGAGGCAGUCAACUUAGUAAACGUUAUCCUCGUAUUGAAAAAGCUGUUCUGGGAAGUUUUAUCUAUGCUACAGAGGAUAUGGGAGCUCGUAUUCGUGGCGCAUCGGUCCUGAGCGUUCAGAUUGCCGCCAGUGCACUCAUACAUUUACGCGACCUGGAUUUGUAUCUUGAUUCGCAUGACGCUAUUCUGGUGCUUGGCGAAUUCAUUCAACUUGAACGGCUCCGUUUGAUGUGGGUUAACAAGGAAGAGGAGGGAACCUUCACCCGAAGUCUCGAAACCCUACUAACGGAGGUGGGUUGUCAGUUGAAGGAGCUCUGCGUGCAUUCGUUUGUAAAUGUCGAUGUUCAUGAAAUUUCAUCAUUGUGUCCUUAUCUAGACUCUCUCGGCAUCAUCGAAUGCCGUACCCAGUACGGACCUCAGGUUCGUCUUUGUUCAUUUGAGCAACUUCAACGAUUCCGCUUCAUUCCGCCAAGAUGCUACCCAGCACAGCAGGCUUCACUUGAUCUACUUAACAUACUUUACGGGUCUGAAGGUUUGGAAAAAUUUAUCGUGGAGUUCAAAGAAGCAGAAGAUGAACUAACGAAGUUGGUCGACGAAAUUGUAAAAAUCAACCCUCUUAGUAAGCUCUUUAUGGCAGGCUUGUACUUUAGUCAAGCCUCUGCGGAUCAAGCUAUUGAUGGACUUUUCAAGCUGAUAUCGUCAUGGAAAAAUCUUCGUUACCUCACCCUUGGCGACCCCGAGAUUUUGCAGAUUGUCAAGGAGAGUUGCCCAAACCUCAAAGUCCGCCAUGAGUAUCUCUAUGUUGGACUCUAAAAUCAAUAUCCCCAUAAUGCUUUUGAUAAAUUAACCAGAGCUAUUUUACCAUAAAAAUCCUACAUUUAGGGGCUGAGCAGAAAAUUACGCAAUGUAAUUUAGUAUUGUAACCUAGUUAAAAUAUGCCCACGGGCAUACCAUAAUGCGGUACUUAUUUAUUGAAUUCAUUUGUACAGAACGAAAGCAGCAAAUUUUAGAAACGUUGUGAAAAGGAACAUGUAUAUUUAUAAGAAAUAAUGCGGGAAAUCGCACAGUUCCACACAACGCGCGGAUUUCAGGCUGAAUAUUUCGUCCUUUAGCAAAUUAGGUAUUACCAUGUUGGAUAGUAACAAUUUUAGAAGAUACCAGUUAGACUCAUUUAAAUUGCGCUAUAUAUUAGACACACUAAAAUAUCUACCAGAUGACAUACAUUCUUUUUAGGAAAAAAUUAUAGAUUGGCUACUUAACAGCUCAAAAUAUCGAUGUAGAUGUGAUCUUUAGCGGAUUAUAAACUUUUGAUCUCGUGUUGUAUACACAUCAGUAGAAGCAUCUACGUCGUCAACGGAACUUGCUAUAUGCUCAUCUCUACAAUAUCUACGGAAAAUCUAUUUGAUAAAAAGCCAACAUAAUUUGUCAUGAGGAUAUAUUUUUUGUUAGACCGGACUCCUUUUGCAUAAAUGUGUACAUGGUAAAUAUGAAAUUAAAUUCAGUUUUAUUUAACGACCGUAAUCGACGAGUAUACCAGAAAACUACCAAGUAAGUCAUGACUGUGAUUGUUCAUAAAAAAAUGUUGCUUUUUUUUGCGCGGCGUUGCUAAGCAAUGAAACGGUCUUACAUCGGCAUCACAUAAAAAUUUAUACAAAAAUAAAACGUGUACACGUGCAUAUUUUUCAGCGAAUUUCUAUUGGACUAAAUACAUCUACUAACAUGUGUACUACAUAUAAAUAAAUAUAUAUAUAAACGACAGAUUCCCACCCGCACGCCGAAAGGCACCAACGUAUACAGCCCUUAUGCUAACCGAGGUUGGAGGCACCCUGAUAUUUUAUCAAAUAAUAAAUUUCGUAUGCUUUACGUUUAAUAAUUUUACUUUCGAUAUUACAGAUGACUGCCCCGUUUUUUCUUCUUAGCAUAUAAUCAAUUUGGCACGAGGCUUCAUUUAUAGCAUCGCCGUGCUACGACAGUGGUCUAAUAUUUAGGCAUCUGAUUUUAAGAAAUGUAAGAAAAUUAGGCCAAUUCGCUUCAUAUUUCUAUGAAGUGGUGCUACUAGUCAUGCGCUAUUUGUAAAGCACUAGAUGGUUUACAAGUGAUGGAACAUCGCAGGAUUGUUCUGUGGGGCCACAGUGUCGGAUAAUCCCGAACCAACUAGGAAAAAUAAUGUGAAAUUGUCGCAUGACUAUUACGUCGUAACAGGCACUACUUGAAGGGCUACUGCGAUGAUAAUGAGCAGAGUUGAAACUUGAUUUCAGCAAAUAGUUUUGGUUUUUUUUUCGCCGCGACAUAGCUAGGAUCACAAGCUGAUCCGUAAGUGCGAUCAUCCCUUUUCGAUUCUAUUGUUGAAGGCUGGAUAGGCGUUGUACACGUACGUAAUGCGGGGUGGUGAGGCGUUUGGAAGGCGCUGAAUGACGAUUGUUCCAGCCCAAGUAAGCGUUGUAAGUAAGGUAAGCGUUGUCAUGCUGAGAUCCUUAGUUCUCCAACUGCACAAUGCUAUCACCAGGGCUACCCUAAAAGAAAUUAAUGUGAAUAAAGAUAUAUUAUAGUGCAACUACAAAUGCGAGUAAUGAUGAACUGUUACAAGAUAAGCUAACCAAAUACCCCUAUAUCGCGUGUUAGGGUUUUGCAUAUGAAUCGAAAAGUCGAAUUUCUCUUUACGGUGUUUUCUAACUAGAACUUCAUAAUAAUAUUUAUUACAAUCUCAUCUAGCAGGCAUUUGUAAUAGUUUAUAACCCAAUAUAUUCAAGUAGCCGAUUGACGUUCAUUUAAUGUCGCUAUAUAGACUGAACUCGUCUAGGUUUUUUCGAACCUUACGAUUCUUCGCUCAGCCUGAUCCCUGUGUCUGCCCCUGAACCGGUUAGUAAUUUAGUUCAAUAGCGUGCUUCUACAAAAAUUAGUGACGGCAGGGAAUUAAACGACUAGCGGUCAGCUUAAGCCAAUUAGCCUGAGGAAGUGGAAAAGAAAAUGAUUCGUGAAAAGAGCACGGACACAAUUUACAUUUGCUGUCGGUAGUUCCAACCCACUGCUGGUCCUAAGAGGCUAAGCGGCAAAGGGGCUUGAUACCAUCGAAGCGGUCACAACUCCCGUCAACAAGGAUCUUCAUCACAAAUUCUAUUAUACAAUUUUCUUCUUUUUCUAAGCGUCGUAGGGUACACUUAAGUGGCAGGAUCGCUUCUUCUGCUAUUGUGAUUGAAAAACGGAAAGAGGGACCACGUACGAGCCUUGACAUAAAUGUAUUAAUGAAAUUAUAGACAUGUAUGGGGGUUGCAAUGUUCUUUUCAUAGGAUUCCGCUCGUUAGUCUAAACACCAUUCCGAAAUGGAUGUAUGUGCUUAAACAAUUUUUUUUUUAAUUCUUAUCAUUUUGUGGCACACUUUAUUCACUAAUGUAUUAUUAUAGCUUGGUAUAUUUUUUCCUACUUUCACUUAUCAGUCACAGAAAAAUGUAUUUAAAAAACACCAGAUAUUACAAAUAGUUCAAGAUAAUAACCACAGACCAGCACCCUAUGCAUAACAAACAAAAAAUUUAUGUGCUGCGGAGUCGUUGAAAGCAGCCAAACAUGUUCGACUAUAGCUUCUAUGUCUAUUAUGCCGUUUUCUGAACACUUAAUUGAAAACUAAAUGCGUUAAUUGCUUGUAUUUCUGUUAUAUAUAAACACACACCGAUACUGACGUUUGUAAGACUAGCUUACUUUGUGCACAUUGUUAGUAAUAACAGUAAACUAGGGAGUUGAAUUCAACGCUGCAUUCAUAUGAACUUUUUUCCUGCAAGUGUAUACAUAAGCAGAUUUAUAAAUCACAAACAUCAGAACGGAUAGGGAAGGGUGGGCCAAAAUGAGCUUCUACUCUAAAACCUUGAAAUCAUCUGUCCCUUAACGGCAGAUGUCAAACUGUAGUUUUUUUUUGUGUUAAUUUAUUAUAGUAUAGUAGUUUGUUUGUAAGUGGGACGUAUACGCUGCUCAAUUUAGGGCUCCAUAGUCAAUAAGCUAGAGGAAACUUAGGCGGCUCUUGCCCCCCAAGAUAUAGUACCCAUUUUGGCCUAUGUUGAUUUACCUGGUAACUACAUGCUUUUUGUCAAUAAGUAAUCAACAAGCAACCCUCAACUUAAUUUGAUUAAAUCAAAUAUCAAACCAAUCAUCCAGAUAGGCCUUAUUUAGCCUCCAAAUGUGAGAACGUCCAAUUGGAAAUAAUUUUAUAAAUACUAGCAAAAAGUUGAAUUGUAUUUCGUUCCGGGAAUCUAAUGGUGUUGACGAGCAUAAGAUGUAUACGCAGGAGCGAUGUGCAAAGGUUCCUCAGAGUCAUAGCUAUUUACUGAAGUUGUACCCUUCGUCACUAUGAUAAUUACAGAUCACACAAAAUUGAAAAUGCUCCAUAUAUACGCAUAUACGGAAGGUCUGAAUAUUUCAAACGACCUUUUUGUUAGGGAAGGCGUAACGUGUUUUUUAAGAUUAUAUUUAAUCGUUUACAUAGCGUUCGAUCUCAGUCUAUGUUUCUUUCGACUUAUCGCCAACGGUCUCACGAACGCCUUCAGCCGAAAUCAGGCCUACUGGAAGAACGCCCCUUCUAAAUUGAUUUACAUUAUCAACUUACAGCUAUUGCGGUAAACGGCAAGUUGUUAUCGAAACUCAGAAGAAGUUCGGCUAUUAUCUCUUCAUGCGCAACUAACCUCCUCUUAAAUUGAAAACUUAUUUUUCUUGCCUACAACAGAUACUAUGAGGUAUACGGCACGGGAUAAAGAUAUCGACAAAUAUUUAUAAUUUAAAUUGACACGCACUGUCAUUGCGUCACCAGGUCCUGUUAUUUCGCUCUGAAAGUUCUUUUAGCUUUACUCGUUGCAAUGAACAGCAGGUUAUUGACGAUUUACUCAUAACUGAAGGUAUAAUAGGUGUGUCUUUUUGGAUGUAGGUACAUGUUCAGAUCAUGCGUAAAUUACGAUCCUUCACUUUACAUGGCAGAAUGCGGUUCCUGAAAAGCGAAUCUGUGACUCGUCACAUAGUGCCUAUCGAGAAUGUUUGCGCCCAGCCUAUGCUGGGCUCUGAGGCCGUAGAAGUAGCCAACCAAAAACGUCGAAGGAAAUAAACGUUUCCGAUACUAACAGUGUUGCGUUCUAAACCACCGCUUCAUGUAAUUCAACGUGAGUUCUUGAUAAUGUUUUCGUUGCAUAGCUGUCCCAAUUUUUAGAUCAGUAUAUGUGUAAACGUACCAAUACAUAUGACUACAUAGGCACCUGAAUUACAGUAAUUUAAGUACUGUAUAAGUACAUGGGCAUACACUGUGAGCAGACUGACUCUGAACGUCUCUACAUUGUAGUUCGUUAACGUAUAACAGCUCCAUUUACGUAUGUACGUCAAAAUUUUGUAAUUGAUGGAGAUUAGGCAAUGAGUAAAUUUUGACAAUUUUUGUUGCGCGUUUUUUUCAUUUUGCGCAAACGGUGCGGAGAAGAACUGUCUAGGCAAAGAUAGCCGUAAAAUACCGCAGUAUCUGUAAUUGUGCUGAUUGGAACAUUGGUGAAUGCCGGUUACAGCAAUUUUAGUUGAGAAGUACUGCUAUUUAAAGCCAAAUAAAUGAUUUUUUUUCAAUUACGUCCUCUAUAGAAGAGCAAGCGCUUAUUUUUAGGGAUUUGAAAUUGGAAUCUUGGUUGAGGUUUAUAUAGACAACAAAAGAGUACCUCAACAUAUCGUCGACAAAUAAAGCAAGCUUGAGUUAUCUAAAUUACAAGUAAAUCUUUGCUUAUAAUAGGAAAGUUGAAACAAGAAGACUAGAUUUGAAAUUCAGAUUUCAGGAUUUUCAAGCAAACCCAGUAAGUGGU